AUGAAUAGAGAGCAGAACAUAGAUCAGCAUAGUGUUUUACCAGCUUAUCACGUCCCCUCUGCCGGAUCUGAGUCUAAUGAAAAUGAAUUGAAGAAGAAAGAGGGCGCUGAACCAGAUGUAGAUGUUUUUUAUAAGGAUAACGAUGUACAAGAUCAAGAACUUGCUCAACCUCAAUCAAAAUACGACGCAAAAGCUGCUGAAUUGAAGUCUAAGAUUGAGAGUUUCUUUACCUGGAAGUAUUUACGUACCCCAGUGCUUUUAUUCACUGCAUGCCUCAUACUUGGUUGGUGGAUCGCUGGUUUAUUCACUAUGAGGCAUAGAUGGAUUGUACAGACAGUAUGGGCUUGGUUCUUAAUCGGCGUAAUCUUCUUCAGAUUCGUACCAUCAUCCAAAUUUGGUCGUCCGAUAGGCAGAGUCUGGACAGCAAACAUUUCUAAUCACUUCUUUAAGAUACCACGUCCAGCUAGACUGACUAUAGGAUGGUUGAUGGUUUUAGGUUUGAUUUUCGGUGGUGCAUUUGGUUUCCCAGAAAAUGAGGAAUCUAAUUAUAGAGACCGUGUUAUCUCUAUAUUUGGAAUUUUUGUCUUCCAAUUAUGUCUUUAUAUAGGCUCCAAACACCAUAGAGCGAUACAAUGGCACAUUAUUUGUAUUGGCUUGUUCUUCCAACAAGCUAUCGGAAUGUUUGUCCUUAAAACAAGAGCAGGAUACGAUCUUUUUAAUUGGAUUAUUACACUCGCUAAAGACUUCCUCUCACAAUCACAAACUGCUACAGCUUUCUUCCUCAGUGACGAUAUCGUCGGUCAACACUUCUUCUUAUUAACUACAUUACCCGCUAUUAUGUUCUUUAUUGCGUUCGUUCAAUUAUGCUACUUUUUGGGAGUUAUACAAUGGUUCUUGAAAAAAUUCGCUUGGUUCUUCCAAAGGCUUUUCACAAUCAGUGGUUGUGAAGCUAUCAGUGUCACGGCCACGCCAUUUGUUGGCCAAGCUGAAAGUGCAUGUUUGAUCAAACCGUACGUCAAAGAUAUGACUAAUGCAGAAUUGCACGCACUUUUGACAGCAGGUUUCAGUACAGUUAGUGGAUCAACUAUGUUGUCGUAUAUACAGUUAGGUGUUAACCCAGUCCAUAUCGUCACAUCAGCUAUCAUGUCAAUUCCAUCAGCUAUUUCUAUUUCUAAUUUGAGAAUGCCGGAAGUAGAGACACCAUUAUUUGCCAACAAAGUUGUCGUUGAUAGAGGAGAAUUAGAGUACACCGAUCGUGGUAAUUGGAUUUUAGCUUUUUCAAAUGGUGCAAAAUUGGGUAUUUACAUUGCAGGACUGAUUUUAACAAACAUUUUAUGUGUUCUCGGUUUAUUAUACGCAUUUGAUGGCUUCUUAACUUGGAUUGGAAGAAGCUUUUCUAUACAUGAGCCAACACCAUUAACAUUGGAAUUGAUUUUGGAGUACGUCUUCUAUCCAAUUGCAUGGUUGAUGGGUUCACCAAAAGCGGAUAUCCUUAAAGUAUCAAAACUUAUGGGUAUGAAAGUAAUAGCCAAUGAAUUUGUUGCGUAUAAAGAGUAUCAAGCGAUGCAAGACCCAGAAAGUCCAUCAUAUGAUCCAUUCACUAGUAGAGGAGGCACAAUCGCAGAGUUCUCACUCUGUUCAUUUGGAAAUAUUGCAUCGGUUGGUAUACAAAUUGGUGUCAUGGCUGCAUUAGCACCAACGAAGAGGAAAGAAGUUAGUGGUCUAGUUAUAAGUGCGCUAUGUUGUGGUAUAAUUUCAACCUGUCAAACAGCAGCUAUAGCUGGAUUAUUGUCAUAG